GCAUUAGUCUUUGUCUCCUCACAUAAUACCUGGCAUUUGAUAAAUGUUUGUUGAAUUUGAAGAGACAUAUGGGCAAUGAAUCUGGAAAGGGAGAACAUCUUCGGUCCUACAGUGUUGCUGACACUGACAUUUUUCUGAGUGGUCCUGAACAACCUACUUUUUAUGUAAAUAACGGGCUAGACUUCAUAUUUUUCACUACAGAAGCUUAUAACCUACAGUUGCCAGAGAUUUAAAGACACUAGUUUAGGAUAUCAUCUACAUUUAACUUGGAAGCUCUUCCUUUCUUAUUCCAAAAUGUUGAGAUACUGGGGAGAGAUACCAAUCUCAUCAAGCCAGGCCAACAGAAGUUCCUUUGAUUUGCUCCCACGGGAGUUCCGUCUGGUGGAAGUCCAUGACCCUCCUCUGCACCAACCCUCAGCCAACAAGCCCAAGCCCCCCACUAUGUUGGACAUCCCCUCAGAGCCAUGCAGCCUCACCAUCCAUACCAUUCAGCUUAUCCAGCACAACCGACGUCUGCGCAACCUCAUUGCCACAGCUCAGGCCCAGAAUCAGCAACAGACAGAAGGUGUAAAGACUGAAGAGAGUGAACCUCUUCCCUCCUGCCCUGGGUCACCUCCUCUUCCUGAUGACCUCCUUCCUUUAGACUGUAAGAAUCCCAAUGCACCAUUCCAGAUCCAGCACAGUGACCCAGAGAGUGACUUUUAUCGUGGGAAAGGGGAACCUGUGACUGAACUCAGCUGGCACUCCUGCCGGCAGCUCCUCUACCAGGCGGUAGCCACAAUCCUGGCCCAUGCAGGCUUCGAGUGUGCUAAUGAAAGUGUCCUGGAGACCCUAACUGAUGUGGCACAUGAGUACUGCCUUAAGUUCACCAAGUUGCUGCGCUUCGCUGUGGAUCGGGAGGCUCGGCUGGGGCAGACUCCUUUCCCUGAUGUUAUGGAGCAGGUAUUCCAUGAAGUGGGCAUUGGCAGUGUGCUCUCCCUCCAGAAGUUCUGGCAGCACCGCAUCAAGGACUAUCACAGUUACAUGCUACAGAUUAGUAAGCAACUCUCUGAAGAGUAUGAAAGGAUUGUCAAUCCUGAGAAGGCCACAGAGGACACUAAACCUGUAAAGAUCAAGGAGGAACCUGUGAGCGACAUCGCCUUCCCUGUCAGUGAUGAACUGGAGACUGACCUUGCUUCUGGAGACCAGUCACUGCCCAUGGGAGUCCUUGGGGCUCAGAGUGAGCGCUUCCCAUCCAACCUAGAGGUUGAGGCUUCGCCACAGGCUUCAAGUACAGAGGUAAAUGCUUCCCCUCUUUGGAAUCUGGCCCAUGUGAAAAUGGAGCCUCAAGAGAGUGAAGAAGGCAAUGUCUCUGGGCAUGGCGUGCUGGGCAGUGAUGUCUUCGAGGAGCCCAUGUCAGGCAUGAGUGAAGCUGGGAUUCCCCAGAGCCCUGAUGACUCAGACAGCAGCUACGGUUCCCACUCCACUGAUAGCCUUAUGGGGUCCUCCCCUGUUUUCAACCAGCGCUGCAAGAAGAGGAUGAGGAAAAUAUAAAAGGAAAAGAGAGAGAUUUUCUGUCCAAACCUACAAGACCCAACAGAAAACCUUGAUUAUUCAAAUUUGUUUUGAUAAACAAUGAUUUGACUCUUAUUCUUAAACACAGUGGGUUUUCCUGAUUUCAGUGGAACUGGAUUUAACAAAACAAGUUUGCAUUUUACUUUUGCAUCCAUUUUUUGUAGUUUUCCACAACAACCAAGCCACCUUUCAGACAGACCACGACGCUGGGACGGUAAUCAGGAAACCAAAGCACUGUCCCUGACUGUUGUCUUUACUGUGUGGUUAGACAAGUUACUUAGCUUCUCUAGAGCCAUUUCUCUUGCACAACCGAGAAGAAUAAUACCGCUUUGACGUACCUUGCAGGGAUGCUGUGAAGAUCGAGAUGUUAUUAAACCUCAAAUCUGUGCUUGAACAGACUCACAAGUAAAUAUAUGCUGAUAGCAAAUGUCAA